CCAAAAAAUCCACAGAGGACAUGGACAUUCCGGACAACACCGAGUGUAAAUUUAAUUUCAACUCAUUCAAAAUCGUGUACGUCGUCAACAGCGAGUACUAUUUGUACAAAAGUACAGCACUCACCAAGGCAAGGGAGUCACACAAGAGAGUGUCCCUAAAGCUACAUGACAAAUUCGCCACAUGGAUAAAUCGCUGGCGGGAGGAAAAUCUGAUGGAGAAUCAAAAGUCAGCUUGUGAGGAUUGGCUGAUGGGACACACCGAGGAUCUGGUAGCGUGUACCACCACGACGGAAUCUUGCGGUGCCGAGGAUGCCACACCCUACUUCACCUUUAACAAAUACAAAGUAUACAAAGUGGAGUAUGAAUACGAGACCAAAAGUGAGGCAGGGGAACCAGUUGAGCCAGUCAAAGAGGCCACUAAUUAA